CCCCCUCGCCCCCAGGUGCUGGGACAAAAUGGUGCCUACCAUUUUGAUCAGUGCUCUCCUGAUUCAUCUCACUGGCGCAGUGGCUUCAGAACCGCGGUACAUCCUGUGGGUUCCUUCUGUGCUACAACGCUUUUCCCCAGAAAAAGCCUGUCUUCACCUUCUGAACCUCAGAGAGUCUGUGUCCCUGAGGGUCACCCUAGAAUACGAUGGAUCCAAUACCGCUAUUUUUGACCAGUCUGUGGAACCGGGCAACUUCUACGCUUGCGCAGAUUUCAAAGUGUCUCUGAUGUCCUCAGAGCAGUUGGCCUUCAUUACACUCUUUGCUGAGGGAAACACUCUUAAAAUCUCUGAGAGGAGGACUGUGGCAAUCGCUGCUGAGGAGAACGCAACGUUUGUGCAGACAGACACGCCUGUCCACAAACCUGGAGACACAGUUCACUUCCGCAUUGUGACACUGAACACCUGGCUCAAACCUGUUGAUGAAUUGUACCCUUUGAUCACCCUCCAGGAUCCCAAAAACAACGUGAUUUUUCAAUGGAAAAAUGUGACCACUUUCAGAAACAUCACCCAGCUCUCAUUCCAACUGACACCAGAACCAAUGUUUGGGGAUUACACAAUUGUCAUCAAAAAGCAAUCAGGAAUGACAGUAGUGCAUCAAUUCACCGUUAAUCAAGAUGUGUUGCCCAAAUUUGAAGUUGAAGUCAGUGCACCAGAGACAAUAACUAUUACGGACAAUCAAUUUCAAGUGGUUACAUGUGCAAAGCACACCUACGGCCAGUCCGUGCAGGGGAAAGCCCAGAUCCAAGUGUGCCGAGAAUUCGCCUCCUCUGGGUAUUGUGAGAACGAUAAUAACGAAAUAUGUGAGCAGUUCACUGCGCAGCUGAAAGAUGGCUGCAUUUCUCAAAUGGUCAAUACGAAAGUCUUCCAACUCUACCGCUCUGGGCUUUUCAUGACAUUUAACGUUAAUGCAGUGGUUACAGAAUUUGGAACAGGCGUGCAGAUCAGUAAAACACACCAUGUUUUUAUCACUUCAGUGCUUGGCACCGUGAGCUUCGAGAACAUGGACUCGUUCUACAGGAGAGGGAUCCCUUAUUUGGGAACUCUGAGAUUUUCUGGUCCCAAUAACGCACCAAUGGUGAGCAAGCUUUUGCAACUGGAGCUGAACGGCAAGCCUCUGGGAAAUUACACAACCGACCAGAACGGGGAAGCUCACUUUUCCAUUAACACUUCAGAGAUAUUUGAUCCACAGAUCAGCUUGAAAGCCGUAUAUGUCCAACCUAGAAGCUGUCAUCGUUCCAGCUGGCUGGCCCCUGAGUAUUUGGAUGCCUACUUCUCAGUCUCACGCUUUUACUCCAACACCAGCAGCUUCCUAAAGAUUGUUUCGGAGCCAAAGCAGCUUCCAUGUAAUCAAGAGAAGAUGAUUUCAGUACUUUACUCCCUAAACCCUGAGGCCUACAAGGAUGGCUCAGAUGUGAACUUCUUCUAUUUGGUGACAGUGAGAGGAAGCAUCUUCCUCAGCGGACAGAAGGAAGUCAGGAUCCAAGCCUGGAAUGCAAACUUCUCUUUCCCAAUCAACACCAGCGCUGACCUGGCACCAGUAGCCUUCCUGUUUGUCUACACCAUCCACCCCAGUGGGGAAAUCAUUGCCGACAAUGUCAAACUCGAGAUUGACAAGUGCUUUAAAAACAAGGUUAGCAUAAGGUUCUCAAAGGGGCAGGGCCAACCUGGCUCUACCACCAGUCUUCAGCUUCAGGCAGCCCCUGAUUCCUUCUGUGCCCUGCGAGCAGUGGACAAAAGUGUCCUUCUACUGAACCGUGAACAAGAACUGUCACCUGAAAGUGUAUACAACCUGAUCCCAAAUAUCCACCAAUAUGGCUAUUACUACCAUGGUCUCAACUUGGAAGACGAUAGAGUAGACCCAUGCAUUCCUCAGGACGUUUUGUUCUACAAUGGACUGUAUUAUACGCCUGCAAGCAAUGUUUGGGAUGGAGACAUCUUUAAUCUUCUCAGGGACAUGAGUCUGAAAAUCUUUACUAAUCUCAAUUACCGGAAACCAGAAGUGUGUGCAUCCCAGGAAAACCUGCCUUUGCUGAGGCCAUUCGAUCACCCAAAUGAACGGGUGCUGAUGUACGGUGGUGGCGCUCCAUCUGCUUCUGGCUUUCAUGAUGCCAUAGACAGCAUCAGCCAUGCAAAACAGGCCACCAAAGAGAAAUUCAGGUCAUACUUCCCCAAGUCAUGGAUAUGGGACUUCAUCAGUGUUGAUUCCUCAGGCUCAGCAAAUGUCUCGUUCCUUGUCCCGGAUUCUAUAACCCAAUGGGAGGCCAGCGCCUUCUGUGUGAAUGGGGAUGCUGGGUUUGGCCUUUCACCCAAAGCAUCUCUGCAGACCUCCCAACCUUUCUUCAUCGAUUUUUCCUUACCCUUUUCUGUUGUUCGAAAUGAGCAAAGUGAUCUCGUUGUCACUGUCUUCAGCUACUUGCCUACAUGUGUAGAGAUUUCGGUUCAGUUAGAAGCAUCUGAGAAUUAUGAAGCAAGCAUCAACAGCCCAAAGAACAACAACAGCGAUGUCCUACAAGCUGGAGAACAGAAAACAUAUGUCUGGAUCAUUACACCAAAGACACCAGGUAAAGUGAAUUUUACUGUAGUGGCUACAUCCAAACAGAGUAGUGCCUGCCCAAAUGAUAUCAGUAAGGAACAAGACGUCAACUGGAAAGACACUGUGGUCAAAAGCUUACUGGUAGAGCCUGAAGGUAUUAAGAAAGAAACAACCCAGAGUCUCCUUAUUUGCACAAAAGGUGCCAAAGCCUCAAAGCAAAUACUCCUGGAACUGCCAAGCACUGUAGUGGAAGGGUCAGCCAGAUCCUUUGUCACCGUUGUGGGAGACAUUCUCGGGGUCGCAAUGCAAAAUCUGGACAGCCUUCUCCAGACGCCCUAUGGGUGUGCCGAGCAAAACAUUGCCCAGCUAGCGUCUGACAUUUACAUACUGGACUACCUGAGAGCUACGGAGCAGCUGACAGAAGAGGCCAAAUCCAAGGCUCUGCUUCUCUUGUCUAAUGGUUACCAGAAGCACUUGUCUUUCAAAAACUAUGAUGGGUCAUAUGACGUGUUCUGCCAGAACAACCAGAAAGGAAGCAUAUGGCUCAGUGCCCUCACUUUCAAGACACUUGAGAAGAUGAAGGAAUAUAUUUUCAUUGAGGAAACAGUUCUCAAACAGACCUUAAUCUGGCUCUCAAGCAAACAGAGAACGAAUGGGUGCUUUGGAAGAGACGACAAGCUUGGCGACAGUGAUUGGGAGGGCAGCGAUGAGGAGGCGGAGGUUGUGCUUACUGCUUACGUUGUUGGGACGUUCCUUGAAGUCGGACUCAAUUCCAGUUUUCCUCCCCUCCGCAACGGUCUCUAUUGCCUGGAGGAGGCAUUUUCAAAUGGUGUCACCAAGGGCUACACUCAUGCUAUUCUGGCUUACUCGUUGGCCUUAGCUGGAAAAGAGGAGCAAGUGAAAUCCUUACUCCUAACCCUGGAUCAAGCUGCUACCAAAAAAAAUAAUAUGAUAUAUUGGGAGAAAGACGAGAAACCCCAAACAGAAAACUCUCCGCCCUUCAUUCCUUCGGCACUCUCUGGGGAAGCGGAGAAGACAUGCUAUGUGCUGCUGGCUGUCAUUUCCCAGGCCACCCAGGACCUCGAUUAUGCCAGCAAGAUUGUGCAGUGGCUUGCCCAGCAGAUGAACUCCCACGGAGGCUUCUCUACCACGCAGGACACCACAGUGUGCCUUCUCGCCCUAACCCGAUACAUGAAGUUAACCGGAUAUAACCCUCAAAACACCGUCACCGUGAGCACUGAAGAAUCUGAGGAUGUUUUCCAUGUUGACAAUGAUAACCGCCUUCUGGUGCAGCAUUCAAAGUUAUCCAAAGGGCACGGACAAUAUACAGUAGACGUUGAAGGAGAAGGCUGCACGUUUAUCCAGGCAACCCUCAGGUACAAUGUGCCGCUUCCUAAGAAGGCAUCGGGAUUUUCCCUUUCCCUGAAGAUGGGAAAGAGCAACUCUUCAGAUGGAUUCCAGACUAAGUUUGACCUCACUGUGACCCUCGCGUACACUGGAGCUCACGAAAGCUCGGAUAUGGUCCUUGUGGAUGUAAAGAUGCUCUCUGGGUUCACGCCUGUGCCCUCAUCGAUCGAGGAGGUAAAUAAGAGUAGCCCUGUUCCCCUGGCACAAAGAAAAGGAGAGUGCUUAAAAAAAACACUGAGGUACAAAGGGACAUUCCCUAAUGCAGAAGGCAUAGCGCUCAUUCUUAGAGGGGGCCUCGCAGGUGUUGAAAUGUGUGAUCCUCAACACUUCUUGUCAAUCCCUUCAAAGCUUAAACGCACUGGCCAAGUGAUGAAGACAGACAUAAAGAAUGGCCAUGCUCUUUUCUACUUGAAAAAUGUUUCCCGGACAGAAACCAGCUUCACCUUCUUCGUUGAACAAACCAACCUUGUGUCCAACAGCCAGCCAGCCCCCGUCAUGGUCUAUAGUUAUGAAAGAGUGAUCAUCCUUACGCAGAUCUAUACGGAAAGGAGCAAGCUGGACCAAGAGCGUCUCAGUCAGAGUUUCUAUUACUGCCACGACCAAAAAAGCAAGUAG